GAGGAUAGCGGCUGGGGGAGGGGAUUGAUACAGCGAGAGUGUAGUAAAGCAGGCUGUAUCCUAACCCAGCCCGGGAGUUAAUGAUCGGAGGGAUUUCUGCCUUCCUUGGUUAUGAUGUCAUCUGUGCCAAUUACCAUGUCUACUGAAGGAGAACCUACAACAUUAGCUAAGCUUCUGCACCUUAUGUUCCUCUCCACCUUCUGGGGAAUGCAGAUAUGGGUCACAUUUAUAUCACGUCUGAUCAUGGGCAGUAAUCUCACGAGACAUACGUUUGGCUUCAUUCAGAGCAGACUUUUUCCAUACUACUUUCACCUUGGAUCUGCCUGUGCCUUCUUUAAUUUAACUAUUUUUGCCAUGUAUCAUCCCAGUGAGUUGUUAACUGAAGAAGAGACAUUUCAGAUUAUUGUUCUUUUCAUCUGUGUGACUGUUGCUGGGCUCAAUGCACAAUGGUUUGGUAAGAUAACUUCUGAAAUCAUGGCUGACAUGCAUCUGAUUGAACAGAGCUGUGGGCUGGGGAAGGAUAUUGGAUUGUCAACCAACAGAGAGGCCUAUAUCAAGCUGAAGGAGAGUAACCCCAAAUAUAAGAAAUUUUCACAUCAACUGACCCUGUAUCACAAUACUUCUUCUUUAUGUAACCUGUGUUGCAUCAUCUGUAAUGGGAUAAGUUUGUACUACAUGGCAGCCAAUUUAUCCACAUUAUGAAAGUGUUUUAAGUAAGACAUUUAAAGACUCAGUGUCGAAUGGUGAAAAGUUCAUUUACGAAUAAUGGAAGCGUGAAAAGUAAGCUAUUUUGCUGUGAUGUCUGAUGGUGGAUGCUAAUCCAACACGAUCUCGCCAAUAAUUAUGCAUUUUUUUUAAACGUGCUUGUGCUACUAUUUGUAAUAUUUUAAAACAAAAAUCAGUGGGAAGCAGAAAAUUUUAAAUUAGAAGAAAACACUGCUGAAAUUCAUCAGCUGAAACCAGUUUAAGGUGAUAAAUCUGAAACAAAAACAGAACAGCUGGAGAACCUCAGCAGGUCCACCAGCAUCUAUGGAGAGAAAGCAGAAUCAAUGUUUAAGGGUCACUGGACCCAAAAUGUUGACUCUAAUUUCUCUCCAUAGAUGCUGCCGGACAUGCUAAAUUUCUUCUGCUGUUUCUAGUUUUGUUUCAGAUUUCCAGCAUCCACAGUUCUUUUCUUUAUAGGGUACGAAAUGUUUAGUUCAGUUAUAGCUUGACUUAGUUUACGACGUGUAAUGAUGCAUAUAUGUAACUGUCAUACUUUUCCACACCCACAAAUUGAUGGGAUUGAAUAAGUUUAGGAGCUCAGCAUGGGAUUUCGGAGUACAACCAAGGGGAAUUUUUCAGUGUACGUUAUAAUCUUGUAAAUGAAUUUUUAUAUGCUCUUUAUCAAUGAGAAUCCUUGCUAUUGAUGGACUCAAUUAGUUAGCCUGACACUGAUGUAAGUGGAAUUAGAACAGUUUAUAUAUAACCUUCCUAGGAAGUUAGAAAACUGGAAGAGAUUUAUGGUCCAUGCGCCUAAACACAAAAUUCAAAACAGUGCCAUAGCCUACUCCACCCCUUAAUUCUUUAUCUACCAAAUUUUAACCGAGAUCAUACCAAUUUGAUGACAAUACAUAACUCUUUAGGCAGUCAGUGUGUGUAUUUAUUAUGUAAUUUUGUAUAAGAUGUAGAUUGAAUGUAUUGUAUCACAAACACUAAUAAAUGCAUUUCUAAUGUUGA